CACUCUAGUUCCGGAGUGUGGAGGUGGCUGCGGUCACACUCUCGGCUCUCUGCGUGUGUGUAUUGUACCCAACUGCGGAGGACUCGCGGCUCUGGGCAGUGGGCGUCAUUUUCCCACCCGAAGGUUUCGAAAGCGGGCCAGCCCUCCUCGGCUUUGCCCUCGGUGAUGCGCGGAGGGAGAUUCAGGGAGGGUCGCGAGGUUAAGGCCGAGAGAACGCUAUUGAGCCAAAGCUGCUCGUAAAUGUCUGAGCUCGGGGAAUGGAAAUUAACUCCUAAAACGGCGGUCACCAGCCCCACUUGACAUUCUGAGGCCGGGACCGGCCCGUGGGAACCGCCUCCCGUGGGAAAAGUUGCCGGCAGUUUUCCAUAAUUUUUUUUAAAGGUUCAUAGAACCCAAGGGAAACACCUGGGAACAGGCGUUGCACUUGUGGCCAGCAGGGCAGUGUCCGCUUGGUGACGCAGACAUAGUUUCUUGCGUUGAGCUUUUAGCACCUUCGGGUACCUCACACGUGAAAACUCUGAAACGGAGAAAGGAAGGAAAACUUCCUCUGCAUGGAAAAUGACAUUUUUAAAUAUCAAAUCCGCAGCCUGGGCAUACUCUCUGAUUACACUAGGAACUGAAAUGUUAAGUUCUUUCUUCAGUUUCUACUGUGUGAAACUUUUCUUGGAACUGUACAAGAUUUCAGAAUUGGCCUUCUAUCAAUCCCAGGUAAUUUUAAUGAUCUGUAAUGUUCUGAAUGACCUGAGUGGGUCUUUUCGAAUGAACUCUCAGUAUGAUUGCUGUCUAAGUUACCACUGUUCCCUGUUUGGAGCCCUUUUGCAUUCGGUGGUCUUCCUGCUCCCUUGGUUCCCAUGGAAACACUAUCAAGAAGGUGACUGGCUGAAUGGACUUCAUCUGGCAGUGUCCCUGUGCGCCUUUGACAGCACCCUUGCCUGGGUGCAGCAAGCCCAGUGUCGCUUGUUUGCAGAGACUUUCCCCAGGCAUGAGAGCCGGCUGCAGCUGAUGAAAAUUAACCAGGUGGCAUCCCUACUGGGCUCCACCAGCAUCCUUUUCUGUGGCCUCAUCUCUCACAACAUGGAAAUCCUGCCCAAUUUUCAGGUCGUUGCUGUCGUCAUUGCUUUCCUGGCAUCUACCAGCCUUUACAGUGGCAUGUUCCAUAUGAGUCAUUUUGAAUGUAAAAGAAGCCCACAGGAAACCUUCCUCUCUGAGAGUGAACAGGAGCUGGCGUGGACCUCCACCAUCUUACCAAUGAGGCAACUCUUGUCUCAGAAGAACUUCCACCUUUUCCUCAUCAUGAAUUUCUUUCAAGUCUUUCACUUGACCUUCUUCAGUAACUUCAUGAUGAUCUUUGCAGAUAACCUCAUUCCCAUUGAGGUUCUCUCUUCUUCCGCAAGGAGCAUCAUGUAUGGGGCUGGCUUCAUCUGCCCUCAGUGCCUGGUACUUCUAGGUCAGUCCUGGCUGAAGAAAUAUGGUUACUAUAAGAUUAUCUUGAUUUCUUUCUACCUAGAAGGAGCAGCUGCCAUUGUCAUGUUACUUCUGGGACAGGAAUACUAUUACUGUUUGGCUGUUUAUCUCACUGUUAUCAUGGUGAUUAUACAAGCCUCUUUUUGCUUAUUUAACUUGCCACUGGCUGACAUGGUUGAUGCAGAUUUACUGAAGUUUAACGGGCAGUCUCCCCUUUCCUUGAUGGUUUUUGGCAUCAGUGCUUUGUUUACCAGACCUGCCCAGUCUUUAGCUCCCAUGUUGAUACUGUCUAAGCUAAACCAGUAUGGAUAUGGAGAGCCAAACAACAGACCAGUCUGGUUUCAAACUCUCAGAGAUCCUCCUACCUGUGCCUUGGCAGUGCUGGAAUUAAAGAAUGCUUUUAGAUCUUCAAGACACCAUGUUUAAUUUGGUUUGUGUGGUCCCACUGGGCAUCGCAACAGUGCAGACUCUGACUUGGAGCUCCUUCUCCGUCAGGAACAGAGCAGACUACUCAGGGACCAUCUAAGCACAGUUGCCAUGCUGGGCAAGGGUUACAACACUACUUGUCAGUUCUUAUAGGUUUUGCUGCGCUCAAAAUGAUCAAAAAGGCAAAAAUGUUCUUUACAACCUUUCAUUUGUUUGAAAACCAAAGCAAAUAAAGCAAAGUCUGAUGGA